AUGAAUCCGGAUAUCAAGGAGGCACAUCGGCUGAGGGGCUGGUACGAUUCUGAAGCCAAACCGGAAACCAUCAAGAAUCUGUCCGUUGCCAGCGCGGGUGGCGGAUUUACGUUACUGGCACAAGCGGAAACGGAGCGCCUUGGGUCAGGAGACAAAGCUGACUAUUUUGGCGUCAAAGCUAUGGUAAUAGGUGUCAAACGAGAUUCAUGCCUUUACCAGGCCUGUCCCACUGCAGACUGCAAAAAGAAGGUGUAUGACGAAAACAACGGUAUGUACCGUUGUGAAAAGUGCAACAAACACUAUCCAAACUUCAAAUGGCGCAUGCUACUGUCGGUAAUUACGCGUUUAGGUACACAUAUGCGAUUUUACUUUGUCGCAGUGGGUGACAAUGUUCGAAGAUUAAGAUACCUAAAGUCUAGAACAGAUUACGUUGAAACACUUCCUCAGCCGAUUUUUGGUUUCUCCCUUGUCUUCAACGGCCCGUUGACCAGGUAG